AAGAACGUCUAAAUUUCGUACAAAUUUCGAAAAAUAAGCAAUUUGCCAUAAUUUUUCUUUUUCAAAAUAUAGGUGUUUUAUAUCUAUAAUUCCACCAUUCCUUAUUGUUAUAUUAAUGAAGUGAAGUGUGUUAAUUUUAAAUACGACGUCUUUACAAGGAUGUCAUUUAAUAAUUGAUAUACACAGAGAACAACUCAAGAACAACCUUUGUGACAAUGUCUGCAUCUGUUGACUAAAAUUUGAAACCUAAUAAGCUUUUAACAAGGUCAACUGUUUUCAUCAACUUUUAGUCGUCUCAAAUAUUUUAUUAUCAGUACAUAUUCUUCAAUUUGUGUGUUCAUCGUCACAUUAAUAUAGAUAAUAGUGUUUGUGUCCGCGAAAAUGGUCUAUACUUUGUUUUUCGCAAUCACAACGUUACAUGAACAUGGAUGACCUAAAAUGCGAAUACGUAAAGAAAAAAAGAUGCUUUUUAUUAAAUCCAGAAGUGCUAAUUGAAAAAUGUAAUGAUGAAAAAAACAUCGAGUGUCCACAAUCAAACAUAAUAAGAUUAUCAUUUAUGAGUAAGUGUUACAGUAUCAAAAGUGAAAAUGUGAUGUGUCAAACUGAUUGUUUACCUCACGACAGACAGGUGACGGUGAGCGUUUUAUAGAAGUGGUUUGGAAGGGCGGCGGGAGGCGGGCGGUAUGUCGGGCCAUUCCAGUCCCCUCAACGGCGGCUAUGAUGCUGCUGAGCCUGCCAUGAGACUUUCGGUCCGCAAGGAUCUCUUCCCGGAUGAGCGCCUGCCCAAAAUUGUCACCAAUUCUGACUCUGAUAAUGAGCAAGAUCAGCUCGAAGACUACUCCUGCGUUAAGCUGGAAACUGACUUCGAGCAAAGCAUAGAUGAUAUAGCAAAUCAGAAAAUGCAGGUUGUGAACGGAAUCAUGCCGAGUGCUCCACGAUCCCGUCAUAAAAAGCACAAACAGCGGUCAAGACGUGAUUCUGAUCAAUCCACUUUAAAUGGUUAUCUUCCUUCCGAGCGCAAAAGGAAAAAACAUUCUCGUAGUUCUCGCAGCCGGACCCAUAAGAGUAACAGUGUUGUCUCAAAAAUUAAAGGUGGUAAAAAUUUGAACUUAGUAAGUAGUAGUGAGUGUCAAGAAGAUGAAGAUGAAGAGGACUCAGAUGCUGAAAGUGAAAGUUCAGAGGAUGAAGUGCUACAAAGUAGUGUUAAGUUGAAAUUUUUGCCAAGGCAAAGUGGGAAACCUUACAGUCAUGAACUUAGUCAAUUAUCUACGAAAAAGAAAUCUAAAGACUCCUCAAAAGAGCAAAGGACUCAUGUAGUUAUCCCUUGUAGUGGUAAGCCUAGAUCCAUGCUAGGUCUGUGUAGUUCGCGUAGCAAAAAGAAAUCUAAGAAGCCUGAUCGUACACCCACAUAUCGAAGCCAGAUAGUGGAUUCAAGUACUAAAUUAAAGAUUAAGAUAAAAAGGACGGGUAUUGAAGAGGCAGUAAGCAUAGUGGCUCCAACACCUACAAUUAUAGCAGAUAUAGUUCCGAGGAAGUCGAAGAAGAAGCGAGCUGCUUCCCCCGCGCCUAGUGUCAGUUCUGGUGAAGAAUAUGAUCCCACUAGAGGUGAUACUGCAGCCGCUAUGAGUGUCGCAGCACCUAAACCGCGACAGUCGCGGCAAAAAGCUCCUCGUAAAUCUAAUAACAAUACAAAAAGUAAAGCUCAAAAGACUGAAAAAAGUAGAAGUAGUGCAGCUGAGAGUAGAGAUGCAGGGCCCCAAAGCCCUUGGGCAACUUCUAUGCCGGAAGAAAUUCUAACAAAAAUAUUUGAAUAUGUAGUCAUACAACAAGGCACACUCCCUGCUAUAGUUAGAUUGAGUAGCGUAUGUAAAUUUUGGCAUAGCGUAAGUUGUAAGCCUGAAUUUUGGAGAAACGUCGACCUUGCACAAUACACUGUAGAUAAAUGUAAAACUGAUUAUAAACUUGUGUGGCUACUGGAAAAUCGACUGUCACAAUGUCAAAGUUUAAAUAUUGCUCAAUGGGAUGUAUGUAAUGUGACAUGGGUGCUGACAUGUUUGGUGGACUAUUGUCCCGAUUUAGUGGAACUCGGAGUUGCUGGAUGGAGUCGAAUCACUCCUGAACAAUUGUUUGACAUGAUUCAAGGGCUGCCGAAGUUGCAAAGGAUUGAUUUAUCGUCUUUGUCAGAAUUAGGCAGUUCAAGUACAUGUUUAUCGGCGGCUUCAGUGGCGCGGAUUAUGGAAAAUUUCGGAAACCGCCUAACUCAUCUCACUCUAGCCAAUAACAAGUUUUCAGCUUUACAGCAAACAUUGACUUCAGUAGCGACGUACUGUCCGAAUUUGGAAGUACUGGAUAUAUCAGGAGCACUGGCCACAUCUCACCCCGCUGCAGUUCCCUUAGAGGCUUUACAGAAAGGUUGUCCCAAAUUGAGAGUGUUUCGAGCUGCUAAUGCGCAGCUUGUUCUUGCUAAUGCUACCACGUCUCAACAGAUGGAGGCGGGCGGGUGGGCGCAGCUGGAGGAGCUGUCGAUCGCGGGCGGCGCGGCGGCGGAGCGCACGCAGGUGGGCGAGUACCGGUUCGGCGAGGAGGCGCUGGCGCGGCUCGUGCGCGGCGCCACGCGCCUGCGCCUGCUCGACCUGCGCGGCCUGCACCGCCUCACCGACUCGGGGCUCGUGCGCGUGCCCGCCUGGGACCUGCAGCACCUCUUCCUCGGCGGUUGCAACGUGACGCGGCAACGCAACGCGUGCCUAGAGCUGAUCUGCGAGAAGUGGUCGCACAGCCUCAUCGAGCUGGACCUGUCGUGGGCCUCCGCCAACAAGGUGCUGGACGACGCGGUGGCCGCGCUGGCCGACGCAGCUACUAGCAAACUUAGAAUACUCAAUCUUUUCGGCUCGUCUGUAUCUUUGGAACCAGUAAAGAAAGUAUUGUUAAAGUGCUCCCAAUUAGAAUCGUUGAAUUUAAGCUUGUGUCGGGCUUUACCGCGAGGUAUGAAGCGGUUGUACACAGGCAAGGAACUUCAAGACUUGAAAGAUAGCUUCGACACCACUAAAGUGAAAAAAGAGGGCAAUAAAGAGCACGAAAAUAAAAAAGGCAAAAAGUCGUCCAAAGCAGAGUCCUCGAAAAGCGAGGACAAGAAAAUUGAGAACUCAGAUAGCGUUUCCGAAAGUUCUAGUGUUAAUUUAGAUAUCAAAUCUCCAGAGUCCAAGUCUUCCUCGUGUGUCUUUCAAGAGCCGCGUAGCGUGUCCGAUGCGUCCACUGUUAACGAUAAACUCGCAAAGCUUCUGUCGCCAAAGGAUUCCUCAGAUUUCGCUGUUGCCAUAAAUGAAGCGAAAUAUUCUUCAUCAAUUGCUAAACUGUCGAGCCCGCUCGCACAAUCGAAACCUGAUUCAUCCUGUACCCCAAGAUCGGACCCGUUGAAAGCCGAGUUAGGUAGUCCACAUUAUAGUCCCGUCCAAAAACCAGAUAGCCAAGUUCCGAGUAGUCCCGACGUUCAAUCAGAAUUAGUUAAAACGAAUAGUUCUUGGAAUAUAGGCCCAUUCAAAAGAACACCAAAUCAUAAGUCUGAAGCGAGCCCUCUUAAUAGAUUAGAAAGUCACAAUAAAAUUAAACAAGCGAAAGUCAUAGAGCAAUGUAGCCCUACGACUUCGCUAGAAAAUAAACGAAGUCCCGAAACGUUAGGUGUUAAACCGGAUAUCAAGAAUCCAAAUAGUUGGAAUUACGGCAGCUACAGUCCUAUGCCUAGACAAGAUAAUCAAUUUUCGUCACAAAGAAGUCCCUACUCGGCACAACCGAGUCCCGCUCAACCUAGCCCUUACUCGACCCAGCCGAGCCCUUACUCGACGCAACCUAGCCCGUAUUCCUCGCAACCCAGUCCGUAUUCGGCUCAACCGAGUCCAGACACGAGCCAAAUGGUAAAAACUGACCUUCAAAAGUCAAACGCGUGGAAUACGGGUAAUUUCAGUCCCCUACCUAAACAUCACGCGCCUUUUUCUCCUCACCCUUCGACACACAACAGUCCAGAUCCCGGUCUAGGAGUUAAAAAUGAAAAUCUCAGAAGCAACCCGAACAAAACGCCCGGGCAAUACAGUCCCAUGUCGAGACCGCAGCACCACAGCCCCUACUCGCCGCGGCCGAGCGUGGACAACAGCUACAGUAACAAAAAGAGUCCCGUAGUGGCCGGCAAGUACAGCCCGAUGAUGCGCUCCGACUGCCACCUGCCGAGCCCGGACGGGGGACACGCCGCGCGCCCGCACAUCGCCGGCCGGGGCCAGGAGAUCUACGGCCGGGCCGUGACCAAAGCGCCGGAAGUCGUCCAGAACAUCCCACCGCCCGACAUGUCCAACUCGUGGGGCCUGGACAGGUUCAGCCAAAUGAGCACGCCGACGGCGGGCAUCGAGUCGCUCGUGUGGGGCAGCGCGCCGUUCGGGCAGGCGCGGCUGGACAGCGCGCCGCAGUGGGGGCCGGGCGCGCGGCGCGGCGACGCCGGCGACCCGUGGGCGCUGGGCCAGUUCCGCAUCGAGCCGCCGCACCAGCUGCACAACACGUUCGUGGAGCAGAGCGUCAGCUUCGACUCGCUGAGCGCGCACGUGGAGCAGCAGGCGCAGCUGCUGGCCGGCUACCUGGAGGACGGCUUCCCCGAGCCCUCGCGCGUGGACUGACGGCCCACCCCGCCGGCCCCGUGCCCGCCCGCCCUCCCCGCCAUCC